UAAAAAAAAAUUAAAAACCAAAAAAACCAGUGUUGAGACCUACGAUCUACUACUCUAUGAUGACUGAAAAAAUGGCAGGCGCUCCCGCAUCAGAGUUCUAUUUGGAUUCCGACUUCCACACCGGCUCGCCGUCGACACCGACACCGACACCGACACCGACACCGACACGACUCUCGUCCUUCUCUCUCCAAGACAUACAUUGGAGAGUGGAGGCAAACAUUUUGGUUGAAAGUUUAAAGCUUCAAGUCAUCUUUGGAAAAUUAUUAGAUAGUUCCAGAGGACCAACUGCAGCUGUUACAUUUACUUGGUACAAUGGUCCUUCAAUAACACGUAGAAGUUUUGACGCUCCUUUGGACUUUGGAGUGGAAGGAAAAAAAAUAAAAGAACAAAGGAGCCUCUUUUCACAAG